UUUUAGAGCGAACACAUCAGUACGCUCCUCUUGCGUCCCCCCUCGAACAAUGCUGCCGAAGACGACGGUUCCGCAGUAACAAACAGGAUGUUGUGGUAUCGACCGGAGAACUCGGAUAAGCUUGUCAGAGAGUACCUUGGCACCGGACCGAGCGUCAGAAACAAGAUGCUAAAAAACUGGGGUGUCAUCGGCGGCGUAGCUGCUGCCAUCGCAGCUGGCGUGUACGUUUUUUGGGGCCCAAUCACCGAGCAAAAGAAGCGGAAGAGAGGUAUGGUUCCGGGUCUGCUGAACCUGGGCAACACUUGCUUCCUGAACUCGUUGCUUCAGGGUCUGGCGGCCUGCCCGUCCUUCAUCCGGUGGCUGGAGAGGUUUUCGAGCUCAGCCCCAAUCCAGUCGGGUAAAGAAAAGAAGUUGUCCACAACGCUUCUCCAGCUUCUCAGAGCUCUUUCCAGUAUUGAGCCUGGGGAUGAAGAUGUGCUGGAUGCCGGCUGCUUGCUGGAUGUUCUCAGAUUUUACCGGUGGCACAUCAGUUCAUUUGAAGAGCAGGAUGCCCACGAACUCUUUCACGUCCUAACGUCAUCCCUUGAGGAGGAGAGGGACCGGCAGCCCAAAGUCGCGCACUUCUUUGACAUGCAGUCCCUCGAGAGCCUUCCCAAUCAAGAUAAGAGAACACGGACAUGCAAGAGUCGAGCUCCUCUCCACCCGAUUCCGAGCCCUUGGAAGUUUCAGCAUCCUUUUCACGGCCGUUUAACGAGUAACAUGCUGUGCAAACGCUGUGAGCAACAGAGUCCCGUGCGAUACGAUUCCUUCGAAAGUCUCUCGUUAUCGAUCCCUUUACCUCAGUGGGGUCGACCGGUCUCGCUGGAUCAGUGUCUCCAGCAUUUCAUCUCCUCGGAAACGAUCAAGGAAGUCGAGUGUGAGAAUUGCACCAAGCUUCAGCGAGGGACAAGAGUCAACGGACAGCUUGUGGAGAGUCAGCGGACCACAUUUGUAAAACAGUUGAAAUUAGGAAAACUGCCCCAGUGCCUGUGCAUCCAUCUCCAAAGACUCACGUGGUCCGGCGAAGGAACUCCGAUUAAAAGACAAGAGCACGUGCAAUUCACGGAGUUUCUGUCGAUGGACCGCUACAAACACAACGCUGCCGCGCAGGCGAGCCAGCGCGCCAAACGCGCGGCGAAGCACCAAAAGGCCGAACGUUCGCUCAAGGCGACGGAAAAGCCUGCUGCGAAUGGCACAGGUGCGGAGCAUCAUAACAACAACAAAGCGUUCGCAAAUGGGAACUCUCCAUCCGUCUGUUUCCAGUCUACUUGUGGGAGCCUCACAUGUGACUACCACUCCUCGGAAUACCUCUUCCAGGUCACGGCUGUGCUGGUCCACCACGGCGACAUGCACUCGGGACACUUCGUAACGUACCGGCGCAGCCCCUCCCCGCCUUGCGGCUCCUCGCCGUCCGCCUCUCAGUGGCUGUGGGUGUCGGACGACUCGGUCCGCCGGGCCAGCCUGCACGAGGUGCUGUCCUCCAACGCUUACAUGCUCUUCUACGAGAGAGUCCGGAAGCAGAGCGCGCCGUCGCCGUCGCAGGACUGAAUUCCAGCCGCCGCCUUUCCAGUCAUACUGUUCAAAACGGAUCUGCCCGUCGCAACGUGGUGGACGCACGCGCCGUUUGACUUGAAGGUAUUUCUUGCGUGUACGGAUCACAGCAAGGACUCGACGUGCCGUGAUGUCGCCGCUCCGAUCCCAAAGAAUACGGGCGCGACUUUUCAUAACUCUAACGUAGCUGGCUUGUGCAGAAAAAGUGAGAAAUCUACGACAGUUAUGGUAAAUCAUACGCAAUGAUUGUAGACAUUUUCCGGAGCUCACCUUACACGCAGUUCAUUGUGUUAUUAUAAUACAACAUUACUAUUUUCAUACUCUAGCUGCACAUUUGAAGUUAAAAGUGCCACAUUGUCUCUAGACAAUUAAUAUGAAGCCAUAUGUGCAUGCAUAUGCAGUUGUUUCACACUGACGCAAAACAUGGAAGGAUAUUUUAAGUGUCCAGAUUUCGCUUUGUCCCAAAAGGAGACGUAAACAAAUAUAUCCGGGACGGCGGCUCCUCGGAAAGUUAAUAUUUUUAACAGUUUUCCCUCCUUCCAAAGCAACUUAGAAGUAAGGAUGUGGAGCACAGGCCUGUCGUUUAUGUUUGCAAUUUGCACUAUUGUACAGUUUUCGUGUGAAAUGUUUGAGUGCAAUCUUGAAAGGUGGAAAAAAAAUAAAAUGUUAUAGUUUUAUUUGCA